AUGCACAAAAUAAUUCAUCUGCGACUUGUGUUUCUGUUUCCAGUGAGGGGAGCACACGCGCCAUGUACUCAAGAAGAACUCAGCAUAUUCUUACAAUGUAUUCUGCCUUACAAUAGAAAGUUCUCGCGAAAAUUUGGAACUGGAGGUUCAUGCAACCGCACUCUCAUCACUGAUGACGUGUGCAAUGACUUCUCCGACAUUGUGAUCUGUGCCAACCAGAAAAACAUUACCAGCUCAACAUGUCGGCCACGCAUUGGAGUACAGAUUGAAGACAUGUUAGCAAUUUCUUGUAAAGUGACUGACUUUAAAGAAUUGUGCUCCAAAGCUCCAGCAUUGGACGUUGGACGAGCUGCCGGAGCUUCAGGUGUUGGCAUCUCGCUGAGGCUGCUGGGAGCGGUCAUUAUUGUAUCCCUGAUAGCGCAUAUGUAGCGGGACUGACGCAGAAGAUGUAGAAUGCAUAACAAAUUAGAGUAGUCUGAGGUGUAGCAUUGUGUGAAGUGAUAUAUAACCACGCAGACAUUCCUUCGAACCAAAGGCACAAAGGGCAAAAUUAAACAUAAAACAUAAAAACACUCAUUCAAGGGCACUUACAGGUCAGCACACAACAACGCACACGCACAUGCGCGCACACAC